AGAAAGGAAGUCCACCUUUCAUUCAUCCUCAAAAAAAAGAAAAAAGAAAGGAAAAGUCCAAUUUUCUUUCUACCUUUUCGGGUUAAUAAACCCUAAACACUUCUCGAGUCUUGACCCACCACCGCCGUCUGCAUCCAUCAUGACAACGUCGAUUAAGAUCCUCGGCCCUCCAUCAAUCGCCGGAGCGAUGAUGACGUCCGUUGAUCCGCCCCAAACCAUUGUUCCCGUUCCAUCCUCCGAAACUUCGAUCGAACCCAUCGUCGUCAAAACCCAGGCGCUGGAAUUGUCAGGUGAGCCGCCCAUGAGUUUGACGGAACAAUGCUCCGCUACCUUCCUCUCCACCGGCAACCCCUGCCUCGACUUCUUCUUCCACAUAGUCCCCAACACUCCCGCCGAAAAAUUGGUCGAUCGCCUCAACCUGGCCUGGGCUCACGAUCCCCUCACUGCGCUCAAGCUGAUCUGCAAUCUGCGAGGAGUCAGAGGAACCGGCAAGUCGGACAAAGAAGGGUUCUACGCGGCGGCGCUCUGGCUCUACUGCCACCACCCGAAAACACUCGCUCUCAACGCUAGGGCUUUGGCGGAAUUCGGCUAUUUCAAGGAUUUCGUCGAGAUUCUGUUCCGGAUCCUCGAAGGCCUCGAAGUGAGGAAGAAAGCCAAGGAGGAGAGACAAGAGGAACGAACGGCCAGGGCAAUGGCCAAGAGGAGGAGGAGAUUCCCGCACUUGUAUAACGACGAGGACGACGAAAAUUCGGAAGCGGGAGAAGAAGAACCAGAGGAUGAGGAAGCUGAUCUUCGAACCAUCAAGAAGGCGAAGAAGUCGAAGAAACCUGGCGACGGAGACGAGGCCUCUGCCAAGCCGAUCGACAAGGAAACGGCGAGAGCGCUGCGCAAGGAGCGAGAGAUUGCUAAAGCGGCUAAGGCGUUGAAGAAGUACAAUUCCGAUCCCAAUUACAGGCUCGUGUUCGAUUCGAUUGCAGAUCUCUUUGCAGAUUUGCUGAAAUCCGAUAUCGCGGCCCUGAAAUCGAAGGACUACUCGAAGAUCACUCUGGCGGCGAAGUGGUGCCCUUCGAUCGACUCCUCCUAUGACAAAUCCUUGCUAAUCUGUGAGGCAAUCGCUCGCCGGAUGUUCCCCAAGGAGAGCGAGAAGGACUACGAAGCCGCGGAAGAAUCCCACUACGCUUUCCGCGUGCGAGACAGGCUUCGAAAGGAAAUCCUCGUCCUUCUCCGCAAAGCCCUCCAGAUUCCGGAGGUUUACAUGAGCGCACGAAACUGGAAUUCUCUUCCUUACGGCCGAGUUCCAUCGGUGGCUAUGAAGAACUACAAGGAUCUGUUCGUCAAGCACGACAAGGAGAGGUUCCAGGAGUAUCUGGAGAAAGUGAAGGCCGGCAAGGCGAAGAUCGCAGCAGGGGCGUUGCUCCCCCACGAGAUCAUCGCCCAGCUGAACGACGACAGCGAUGGAGGGGCCGUGGCGGAGCUUCAGUGGGCGAGGGUGGUGGAGGACAUGUCGAAGAAAGGCAAGCUGAGCAACUGCAUUGCCGUUUGCGAUGUGUCAGGUAGCAUGUCCGGGACUCCAAUGGAGGUUUGCGUGGCACUUGGGCUGCUGGUUUCGGAGCUAAGCGAGGAGCCGUGGAAAGGGAAAGUGAUCACUUUUAGUGAAAAUCCAGAGCUCCAUCUGGUGCUGGGGGAGACGCUCCAGGAGAAGACUGAAUUCAUCAGGAGGAUGGAGUGGGGGAUGAGCACCAAUUUCUACAAGGUGUUCGACAAAAUUCUGGAUACGGCGGUUGCAAACAACCUGACGGAGGAUCAGUUGAUAAAGCGGGUGUUCGUGUUCAGCGACAUGGAGUUCCACCAGGCAUAUGCGAACCCCUAUCCCCACCGCCACUAUGCACCAUAUGGCGGCCACUUCCCAAUCUAUGGCGGUGGUGGUGGUGGCUUCGGAGGAUCUGAGGUGGAGGAGGAGGAGGAAGUGCCGCAGCCAAGGAGUUGGGAAACGGAUUAUCAGGCGAUACAGAGGAAGUUUGGGGAGAAAGGGUACAGCAGGGUGCCGGAGAUCGUGUUUUGGAAUCUGAGGGACUCUUCGGCCACACCGGUGGUGGGAACACAGAAUGGGGUGGCGCUGGUGAGUGGGUUCUCGAAGAAUUUGCUGACGAUGUUCAUGGAUGGAGGUGGGAUAGUGAAUCCAGAGGAUGUGAUGGGGUUAGCCAUUGCUGGGGAGGAGUAUAAGAAGCUUGUGGUGUUCGACUGAAGCCUUAAAACGAUUUGUUUUGCCAGUGAUAAGAGAGUAUUAGCGUUUUGUAGUUUGUGAGAGAGCCUGUAUCAUGUUUGUUUUCCGCCAUUGGAGGAACUCAAACUGGGCAAUGGUUCCUUAGUUUCGAUGAAUAGUAGUAUGAAUAUAAUGCAGACCAAGUCCUUUUUCAGUCCCCACUGCUACUUUGUUUUUGCGCCUUUCUGUCUCGUUCCGUUCGUUACAAACUCUACCAAUGAAUCAAGAAUUUGCUUCAUCACUAAUCAUAUGAAAUCUCCAAUAUGGCUAAACAAAAACGUUGUAUUAGAAACAUAUAUUUAGAGGAAACAGAGCAGGUGUUUGAGAUUACCCUGCAUUACUUAUUUCUUUUUGUUUAAACAAAGCCUGCUACACAAAACAGAAAAGGGAAAGACAGGAAAAAAUGAGCAAGGCAACAAACAAGAGGGAACUACACAAAGCCUACUAUUCGCACAAGACUACAUUACGCUGCUGCCCUCCAGCAAAACCUCUAAACGAGCUGCGACAAAUUGUUGGAAUCGAACUCAGUAGACUUUGUUUAGCGCCAUUCUUGAUUCACCAAAGGCUGUUCGAAUUGGUAUUGGAGCCUGCAUUUUCCAACAGCAGCAAACCCAUAUGAAUUCACACAUGCAACACAAGUACUACUUGUCAUGGUUCAAACAAGCUAUGAGAGCUGCUGCAAAAUUCCAACAGUACAGUACACCCACUGGAUCACCACAACCACAUCAUCAUCAACAGGCAUGCUACCCUUCCUCUCAUCUUCUGCAGCAACAAACCGUGGCGUGUGACGAAUUACAAACUGCACUGAGUGGAGAGUGGCUCUUUCUGCACAGAGUUUAGCCAGGUCUCCCCAGCUGUUCUGUCGACCUUCCCUGCACUAAUCAGUCAUCUGCUAUUAAUCUUUCAACUCUGCAGCAGAUUACUUGAGGUGGAGAUUCAUUAUCUUCAAAAAUUGUGGAAUGGUGAGUAGUGACACUAAUAUAAUAGGAAAUUCAGUCCUAUAAUGCAACCAUGAUGUAAGAAAUCCAUGCACCCAGCCAUAGUAUCUUACAAAAGAGGGACCAGUGAACCUUAAUUGCUAAGCCAAAACAAUAGAAUAUAGUCCUCCAAAGUAUCCACCAAAAACUAAGAGCAGCAAUAUGAAAUAAAAGAUUUGUAUACUGGAGGGGAAAUGAGAGUACUAUGAUCAAAGAGAACGAAGGAAGAAGCUUCGUUGUGAAAAAUAUAAGAUUACUUGUUUUGAAGAGUUUUUCCAUAAUAACAUCUCGGGUCAGCACAUCAUAUCCUUAAUCAAGCAUUACAUCAAAAUAUGAUAGAUACAUACGUAUAUAUAAUACUAGCAAUGACUCGCUCGCUACGCUUCGCGCAUGAAAAAAGAAAUAAAAGGUUGAGCUGAAAAGAGUACAUAAUUACUAUAAAUACUGAAUAGAUGA